GAUCCUGUGGUGGUGCUGCUGCUGGACCCCACCACUUUCUCUCUCUCUCUCUUUGUCGCCGUGAGGAGCUGCGGUGCGGCGGCGGCGGCGGCGAUGGGCUGGGCCGAUGCGCCGCCCUACCACUACCACGGGACAAGGAGGCCGCAGCCGCCGGGGGAGAGCGGAGGAGCGCGCUCGCUGUGGAUCGGCGGCCUGCAGCACUGGAUGAACGAGGACUACCUCUACAGCUGCUUCACCGAAUCGACCGAGCUUGUUUCCCUUGUCAUAAAACGGAACAAGCAGACUGGGCAAUCAGAGGGUUUUGGCUUUCUCAACUUUGCCGACCAUACAACUGCUGAUCUGGUUCUCCGGAGUUACAAUGGUCAGGACAUGCCUAACACUCAUCAAGAAUUCAAGCUCAACUGGGCCACACAGCAGGAUGCUCCUCAAAUACACACGGAUGAUGAUUCCGAUCAUGCCAUAUUUGUUGGGGACUUGGCCUUUGAUGUUACAGACUUCAUGCUAUACCAUCUGUUCAAGACUCGCUAUCCAUCAGUGAAGGGUGCAAAAGUUAUCUUUGACAAGGUUACUGGUCGCUCAAAAAGCUAUGGCUUUGUUUUCUUUGGAGAUGUCAAUGAGCACAUGCAAGCAAUGACUGAAAUGAAUGGAGCAUACUGCUCUACGAGACCUAUGCGUAUCAGACCUGCUCUCAACAAGAAAACUCUCCGCAAUACACAAGGAACUGAUUCUGAUCAGGAUCCAACCAAUUCAAAAAUAUUUGUUGGCUGUCUUGGUCAAAGCGUGACUGAUGAGGAUCUAAAGCAAGCCUUUAGUCCAUACGGAGAGCUUGUUGAUGUCAAGAUACUAGCGGGGAAGCACUGCGGCUUUGUCACAUACUCAAACAGAGCAUCAGCAGAGGAGGCCAUAAGAGUGCUAAACGGAAGUAAGCUGGGAUGUAAUACCAUAAGACUUUCAUAUGGUCGUCGUUCUGCUAACAAGCAGGAUCAUCGUAAUGAUGGCAACAAUGGAUGCCACCAAUCUUAUGAUCCAUCUGGUUUCGGUUGGUGUCCUCAGGAUCCUUACGCUUGCACACAGAUAGGUAAUCCAGGAUAUGGAUAUUACCAACUGCGGCAGGCCCCAGUGCAGUGAGAUCACCAUGUCAAGGAAGAUCUCAAUCACAAGGAACAGCAUGCAGCGGGAUUCUCGGUCCUUGAACUUGGAAGAAUUUUGUCUCUUUUUGGAAAUAGCUUUUCUCCCUUAAUUGGUCACCCAACUGUAUCCCAUGACACAAGCCUCCUUUGAUGCCUAGAACUACAGUUUUGUUAGGGAUAGAAAGAGUUUAGCCCCCUUUAACCUGUUGAAAAAGGUUUUGGUUGCCUGAAUUUUGCUGCGCCAUGGGCAUUACUGGCACAAUUUGGGUCAGACUUUUAGCCCUUUUAACUUGUCAGCUGAGGCUGUAUAGAUAGAUGCGUACUCGAGGCCACAUUGUGGUUAACUUUUACCGCCUGAAUCGCACUUUGGAUCUGUUGCUGAACUAGUUCGUCUGUGUUAUGCUUGGAGUUACUGCCUGCUCUACUGGUGGUUGUAAAACCAGUGCCUGCACCACUGCACGGUUAUUUUCAUGUGAGUUUAUGUCAAUAUUGUAGGCUGAUGGCCGUUUUGAUUGUGA